AUGGAAAAUCUCUUCUCCAAUAACGUCGAUUACCUCUCUGAUGAACUUGAUUCCUCUGCUUACUCUCUCCGCCCUAAUCGUCGUUUACUUCAAGAAGAUGACCGUGAUUUCGCCGACGAGAGGGUUUACUUGCUUCCCUACAGGUGGUGGAUUGAUGCAGAAGUUGAAGCUGAUCGUAUAGGUGUUCUGUAUACAGUGUAUUCGAGUUAUGAUUCUGAGUCAGAAAUUUCGCUCCAUCUGAAGAAGGAAGAGGACCGUGAGAAGAUUAAGAAUUUGGAGGUGGGGUUUUCGGGCCGUCAUUAUGCUUUGGUUCCUGAAGGAGUUUGGUUGCGUGCUCUCAAACGGUAUAAUGAUUUUAAUAAUGCAGUGAAAGAUUUUGGGAGACUCUUCUAUGCAGAGGAUUCUUUGUCAGAUUUGUUCCCCCUCCAACUUAGGAUAUUUGUUUCAUGGGAAACCAGUUCACUGGUAGCAAAGAUAAGCCAAAAGGAAAAUGUGCCGGACUUCUACAAGAAAGCUUGUGACAUUUUCAAUUCUGCAUAUAGCUCGUUGUAUAUUUGGGACUUCUCUGGGCAGACAACCCAGCUUUUAAUAAAUGACAAAGCUAGGGCGUCAAAUGAUUCUCGUGGUCAACCUGGAAAAGAGGUUCUUUUGGAGCUACAAGUUCACGGGCUUUCUGACUCAAUAAGCGGUAGUGAUAGCAAUGGGAUGAUUUCAGAUAGGUCUCAGAUGAAAUGUUCUUCUGACAGUGGCCCUGUUAUGAUGAAUGGAAGCACCGACAAUGUUAUCCCCUACGUAACAGCAAACAACUAUUUUCCUGGAAGUAGCUAUAGAACAGUUCAAUCUUUGGGCUUGACAGGAUUACAUAAUCUUGGAAAUACCUGUUUUAUGAAUAGUGCCAUUCAGUGUUUGGCUCACACCCCAAAGCUUGUUGAUUUUUUCCUUGGAGAUUAUCGUAAAGAGAUAAAUUAUGAAAAUCCAUUGGGAAUGAAUGGAGAACUAGCUUUAGCUUUUGGAGAUUUACUUAGAAUGCUAUGGGUUCCUGGAGCAUCCCCUGUGGCACCAAGAUUGUUCAAGAUGAAACUAGCUAACUUUGCUCCUCAGUUUAGUGGUUAUAUGCAGCAUGAUUCUCAAGAACUGCUUGCUUUUUUGUUGGAUGGACUGCAUGAAGAUCUUAAUCGUGUAAAACGCAAGCCAUAUCAUGAAGUUAAGGAUGCAGAUGGACGUCCAGACGAAGAAGUAGCUGAAGAGUAUUGGCGAAAUCAUCUUGCUCGCAAUCAUUCAAUAGUAGUUGAUUUGUGCCAAGGUCAGUUCCGAUCAACAUUGAUUUGCCCUUCUUGCAAGAAGGUUUCUAUCACCUUUGACCCUUUUAUGUACCUAUCUCUUCCAUUACCUUCUACAACAAUAAGAACCAUGACUGUGACUGUCAUGAGCACUGAUGGGAUCACAGUGCCUUCUGCAAUUACUGUAACAGUGCAUGAACGUGGAACACUUAAGGAUCUAAUUGGGGCCUUAACUGCUUCUUGUUCUAUGAGAGAGGAUGAAACCCUCUUGGUGGCUGAGAUAUACAAGAAUAGAAUUUUUCGGUUAUUGGAGGAUCCACGUGAUUCAUUGACUGAUAUUAGAGAUCAAGACAAACUUGUUGCUUACCGAGUGCAGAAGUAUAAUGAAGAUAGCCUCUUGAUUGUUUUCACGCAUGAACGUUUGGUGGAAAGUUAUGGGAGGGAGAGGCUUGAAAAUAGAUUGUUCGGUAUUCCAAUUGUAGCUAGCCUGUCCAGCAUUACUUCCGGAUAUGAUGUUCGUAAGGAGUUUCUGAAUUUAAUCAAUCCAUUUCUGAUGCAAAACACUGAGGAAACAAUAGAUGAAUAUGAUAAGGAUGACGAUGAUGCUAAAACACUAAAUGAAGUUGAUGAAUUUGGCAAAACUAAUAACUCUGAAGCAAUAGAAAGUGAUGCAGUCUUGAACAGCGGAGCAGAAGAUGACAUACAUUUGUGGACUGACUUUGAAUUCUAUUUAUUAUCAUCUGGGAGUGGAAAUGAGGUUUAUAAGAUUACAUCGAAUGAACCAUUACCUGUCACAAUGUUGUCCAGUAAGCUUGAGGUAGCUGUUGUAUGGUCAGAUGAAAUGCUUAAAAAGUAUGACACGAACCUGCUUGAUUCAUUGCCUGAGGUUUUCAAGUCCCAAAGUUUCUCCAAGAGAACACAAGAGUCAAUAUCUAUAUACAAGUGCCUUGAAGCUUUUUUGAAAGAGGAACCUCUUGGACCAGAAGACAUGUGGUACUGUCCUACCUGCAAAGCGCCUCAGCAAGCAACUAAAAAGUUGGACCUUUGGAGAUUGCCUGAAAUCCUUGUUGUUCAUUUGAAGAGGUUCUCAUACAACCGAUACUUCAAGAACAAGCUGGAAACUUUUGUUGACUUUCCGAUUAAUGAUCUGGAUUUGUCAACCUAUGUCGCUCACAGGAGCUGUCCAUCUCCCUAUAGCUAUAUGUUGUAUGCAAUUAUUUGUCACUAUGGCGGGUUAGGAGGAGGCCAUUAUACAGCGUUUGUUCGUUAUGGCCAUGAUAUAUGGUACGAGUUUGAUGAUAGCAGGGUUUCCCCUGCUGACGAGGAGAUCAUAAAGACUCCUGCUGCUUAUGUUCUUUUCUACAAAAAAAUUUAG